UGACCCUCAUUCAGGGCACCGGAGGGGGCGGGCGAGAUCUCAUCAGAUCUCCGAGCUCGAGCGGCUCCUCAUUCUCCUGUCGGCCGGUGUUUAGUGUGUUUCUGUGUCUGUAGAUUCAUAUCUGUUGGAUAUGAGGGAUCGUGCGUGUUUCUUUUAAUCGCGUUUGUCUGGAUGAACUAAUGGAGUGACCGCAGAAGCGCGGCUCUGCGCGGAUCACCGGAGCCCGUUAUCCCGGACAGAGACCCGCUUUGUUCGGCUAAUAAUAAACGAAUCGCGUCUGCUAUUAAAAUGAACGACACAGAGAAAGAGAAUAAAUCUGAUGAAGACUCGGAGUCUCUGGAGGAAGAGGAGGUUGACCCGAGGGUUCAGGGCGAGCUAGAGAAACUGAAUCAGUCUACCGAUAACAUCAACAGAUGGGAGACCGAACUAGAGGAUUCCCGGCAGAAGUUUCGCGCCGUCCUGUUGGAGGCCACAGUCAAACUGGACGAGCAGGUCAAGAAGAUCGGGAAAGCCGUGGAAGACUCGAAGCCGUACUGGGAGGCCCGGAAAGCGGCCCGCCAGGCUCAGGUUGAAGCUCAGAGAGCCACACAGGAGUAUCAGCGGGCCAUGGAGAUCCUGCGGGCCGCGAAGGAGACCAUCGCUCUGGCCGAGGAGCGUCUGCUGGAGGAGGACAGUCGACAGUUCGACUCGGCCUGGCAGGAGAUGCUCAACCACGCCACCCAGAGGGUGAUGGAGGCGGAGCAAACCAGGACACGCAGUGAACUCGAGCACAGAGAAACAGCGACCAAAUACAACGCCGCCAUCAACCACAUGAGACAACUGGAGAAGAAGCUCAAGCGCACCAUCAAUAAGUCCAGGCCGUACUUUGAAUUAAAGGCCAAGUAUUAUCUGCAGCUCGAGCAACUGAAGAGACGGGUCGACGAGCGUCAGGCUAAACUGACCCAGGCCAAAGCCGAGUACCGGACGGCCCUCCGGAACCUGGAGACCAUCUCGGAUGAGAUCCACGCCCGGCGCCGGCUCUCGGCCAUGGGGCCCCGGGGCCGCGGGGUAGGGGCCGAAGAUGACGGGGCCGCUGCCGACGACAUCGCCAACUUCAAAAUGGAGUCUGACGGCAUAUCGAUGAUGUCAGUGAAUUUAGAGGACAGCGGCACCGGCACGACCUCAGAAGACGACCCCGAGACCCAGUCCACCGGCAGCCUGAGCUCCACGUCUGCAGCUCUUGACCUGCCCUGUCCGUUCCCCUCCUCUUCCUCCCCUUAUGCCCUGCUCUCGUCCUCCUGCCCGUACCCUUCCUCUCCCUGCGCCGGCCCUGAGCUGCUCCAGCUGCCCGGCUCGGGGUCUCUGGAGGGCUUCGAGCAGGAGUCUCCGGUGUUGGGCCCUCGCAGCGAGUGCAGCGGAGCCUCGUCCCCAGACUGUGAACAGGAGCGAGGGGAGAGAGCAGAGGGCGCAGAAGUUAAACCGGACAGAACGAACAACAUCAGCCGUCAGAAAAGCUCUCGCCUGGAGAAGAGUCUGCGCAGUUUAUCCCUCCAAACCGCAGACGACGACGACACGGACACUCGUUCUUUCACUGUGACCUCCAACACACCAGCAGUGCUGCUUCUCAACAGUGUUUAAUCUCCCGCUCUAUAGGAACACACUACAGUACGACGGGAAUCGAUUAUCAUCUCAGUGUUACGGACAUCUCAUCUCAGACUGGUUUAAAACUUUGAAAACCAUGAAAGUAUUAGAAUCGGCAUGCAGACAUCAGCUAUGACGUGAUAUUGAACUGUUCAUCAUCACUGAGUGGAUGUUCUUCAUGUCUGAAGUGUUCGUGUCGUGAAUUUGCCGCGGCGUCUCAGAGUCUCACUUGAAACCACUCCAUUUUGAUUGGUGUUGAAGACACACACACUAACGUCACCUGAUUGUGUAAAUAAAGCUUACGACUGAAAGCGGCGAGCGGGAGAUUUCUGCACUUGUUUUUCACUGCGAUGAACUUUCUCUAUAGUCUUAGAUUUACUCCACAGGUCAUUACGUGACGAGGGACUCGUGUAGUUCAAAGCUAUAUAUUUAUACUCAAUGUUUAUCUCGUCAUCAUGAUGUUAUCGAUGUGUUUUCAUGGCACAAAGUUGUUAUUUGUGUAAUAAACAGAUGCUCACAGCUCGA